ACGGCCGUACCCUGCGUGUGUCAGCAGUCGUAUUUGCGAGGUUGUCGAAUGUCGUCGUGUCGGUUUCGACUGAUUCCUGUCGCCGUAAUUAGGGAAGAGUAACCUUCAUUUGACAUAGCUAAGGAUGCUUAGCUAGCUCCUCCUGUCACUGAUAAAUAGCGACAACCAAGCUGUGCGCUGUGUCACUUUUAUUACACUUCAUUAAGCGACGAUGUUGUCCACAAUCGCAUUGUUUUUGUCAUCCCCUCCAACUCCCUCCAUGGCCUCUGCAAAUACCACAUAUGGACAAAAGGAGUCCUCGGACCAGAACUUUGACUACAUGUUUAAAAUCCUCAUCAUCGGCAACAGCAGCGUCGGCAAGACAUCUUUCCUCUUCCGCUAUGCAGACGACUCGUUCACGCCAGCCUUCGUCAGCACUGUGGGCAUCGACUUUAAGGUCAAGACCAUCUACAGGAACGACAAGAGGAUAAAGCUGCAGAUCUGGGACACGGCCGGCCAGGAGCGUUACAGGACCAUUACCACAGCCUAUUACAGAGGAGCCAUGGGUUUUAUCCUCAUGUAUGACAUCACCAACGAGGAGUCCUUCAACGCUGUGCAAGACUGGUCCACUCAGAUCAAGACUUACUCGUGGGACAAUGCUCAGGUGCUCCUGGUGGGGAACAAAGUUGAUAUGGAAGAUGAAAGGGUCGUGGCCACAGAAAGGGGCCGACAGCUGUCAGAACAGCUUGGUUUCGAGCACUUUGAAGCCAGUGCCAAAGACAACAUCAACGUGAAGCAGACCUUCGAGAGGCUGGUGGACAUCAUCUGUGAGAGGAUGUCCGAGACUCUGGACAACAACGACCCCACUGUCACCGGAGCCAAGCAAGGGCCGCAGCUCACCGAGCAGCCGCAGAGGUCCCAUCAGGACUGUGCUUGCUAAACACAUCACGCACACACAUACACACACACACUCAUAUGUGCUACAUCUCCUGUCAUGGGAACCAAUAUUCAGUACCUGUUUUAAUUUAUCUUAUCAGUUGAUGUCAUGUAAGCCUGCACAGAUUGAUUGAACACAAACGGGCAGAGCCAGAUUCACUCUUACACUCACACACAUAGAUUAUCAACCCUACUUCCUCCUCAUAAACAGUCGAUUCCCAAAGAUUAGCUCUUGUCAAUCUAUAUCAUUCUCAUAGCCUAGUGCUAAUCGAGUCACGGGCUGAGUGUGCUCUGACAUGCAAACAUUUCCACAUUGUCCCCCCGCCCCUCAUGUACAUGUAGAAGGUAGAUACAGUACACGCAGAGAAUAGAAGAGCCUGCUCUCACUGUCGUUUGUAAUUUGGUCACGUCCAGUCCUUUACAUUCACACCGCAAGUCCUAAAGAUUACUAUAGAGUCUCACUGAGCAGUUUAUUUCCACGUUGAGUGGAAUUCGUUGUUUCAAGUGUUUGUACAAUUAAACUUGAUGAAGCAAACGUAUUUAAAUGGGGUGGAAAAAGACAUUGAUUGGAUCCUGUUGGGCAAAAUGCAAAAUUUUGGCGCGCCUUGCAAGUUUUGUAACUUGAAAAAAAAGCAGUAGUACUUGUGAUUUGAAGUGGAGGCCAGCAUCACUUUGUUUUUUGGUGCUGCUCCUCCUCAGUGUUUAUCAACUUAGUGUCUUUUUUUUUUUUUUAAACCUUUU